ACCUUAUCUCUGCCGCUCAGGAACCAGUUGGCGAAAGAGAGCAACAUUAAUAUGCACAACUUUCCUUCGUUCAACAAGGUGGCCCUAGACCUAGAAGCAAAGAUAGGGCAUGGACAGGCACCCACUACGGAAGGGAGAAAGAAGACACUGCCUCCCAACUGGAAGACAAAGGGUCGCUUAAUGUUUGUCGACAAUGAUGGUUCAACCAUCGAGUUGGACGGCAACCUCCAGGAGGGAGUAGGUGCAGAGGCAGGUGGCGAUACUUCAGAGGGUGGAGUAGUCGCCGCCGUAACCCAACAAAAAGGUAAAGGGACCGAUAGACGCCCUAGGGGAUCCCRGUCGAAGAGUCAAACAGACCCCAAUGCUCCUCCAUGGGAGAAAGCGGGUCUAGCGGAGGACGUGUGGAGAGAUCGGUGGGCAUGGCAAGCUUGUAUCAAGUGUGGUCAAUAUGGUCAUAGCAUGUACAAGUGCCGCAAUAGGAAGAUCAACGGUGAAAAGUGCGAGUUUGGCCGCACCCGUAUCUUGUACUUGGGUCAUGAGAUCUCCGCGGAAGGGUUGAAACCCGAUGACGCGAAGGUGGCCAGCAUUCGUGAUUGGCCACGUCCUCAGUCUGUGACUGAGAUGAGAUCUUUCUUAGGAAUGACAGGCUACUAUAGGACUUUCGUUAAGAACUACAGCAUAGUGGCCGCUCCUUUGACUGAUCUGACCCGCCUUGACACCCCUUGGGAUUGGACAGAUAAGUGCAAGGCUGCUUUCAAACAUCUGAAGCAUGCAUUGACGCGCUAUGAAGUCUUGAAACUUCCUGAUCCUAACAAGCCAUUUAUAGUUACAACGGAUGCCAGCCAAUAUGGCAUUGGCGCCGUGCUUGCGCAGCAGGAGGGGCCAAAGUUGAGGCCAGUAGAGUACAUGUCCAAGAAAAUGCCGUCUCAGAAGUUGGCUAAGUCCACUUACGAGAAGGAACUCUAUGCGGUGUACAAGGCUCUCACCCAUUGRAGACACUACCUCCUUGGGCGGUUCUUCAUCCUCCGGAGUGAUCAUCAGACCCUGAGAUGGAUGAGAACACAGCCGGUACUCUCUGACGCUCUCAAGCGUUGGAUCGAAGUCAUUGAGCAAUAUGACUUUGACCCUCAGUAUCUCAAAGGGGAGUACAACAAGGUCGUUGAUGCCUUGUCGCGCAGACCGGACUUCUCAGGUGCGCUGAUUACUGAGUUCGAUCUGACAGACAAUGUUAUUCAGUCUUUGGUGGAAGCCUAUCGUCAGGACCAGUUUAUGUCUGAGAUCAUACGCAGACUUGAGGCGAAGGAUAAGAAGACCUCCGCCGAGUUUGAGUUGGUCAAUGGAUUGCUGUUCCUAGAGAAGGCAGGGAAUAAACGCUUGUGCGUUCCAAAUAGCGAGUCUUUGCGUAGUUUGUUUUUAGGCGAGUGUCAUGAUGCCACCGACCAUUUUGGGUACAAGAAGACCGCAGCCAACUUGCUGCAGCGGUUCUCGUGGCCCACGAUGAUGAAAGAUGCACAACUGUACGUGGAAACUUGUCAAGUAUGCCAGAGAGACAAGCCCCGUACUCAGGCUCCUCUUGGGCUGCUCAAGCCCCUUCCGAUUCCGGAAAGGCCGGGUGAAAACCAUGGACUUCAUGGAUACGCUGGUCACCAGCAAGAAUGGGAUGAGACAGAUCUUUGUCAUUGUGGAUAGGUUUAGUAAGUUUGCUAGAUUAAUAGCUAUGCCAGAAACAGCAAAGACCGAAUAUGUGAUCAGGCUAUUUAAAGAAAACU